CACCAGGGACAGGACCGGUGAGGUGAACUGUCGGCGACCCCAGGACGCCAUAUUACUCCGUCAGGAGAGGAGACAGUGGUGAGAGCAGAGCGGCGCCACUCGGGCCCGGGGGAUUUCUCGCGUGUGUGUUGAGACCACAGGGCUCUGAUUCCUGAAAGGGAAGGACCCAGCCCAUCAUAUUUAUCAGGAGAGAGAGAUAUACGCUGAGGAUUGGGAAGAGAAAUUAUCUACGGAAGAUGUCGGGGAGUGACAGCAGCUCGGACUCGGAAGGUUCGGGGAACUCUCCCGGGCACCCUGCCGUGUGUAGCCCGGCUAGUCUACACCAGCUGUACGACCGGCAGGUGUGCGCGGAGUGCGCGGCGCUGCUCCACUCCUCAAAGCCGCCCGCCUGUUGGAACAUCAUCCACCUGUUCUGUGCCGGCUGUCUGGAGCGGAUGCCGGCGCGGGACGCCCUGCGAGCCCGGAUCCGGAUCGACCUGGGCCUGAAGCUGGUGUGUCCGGACUGCGGGGGGACCGAAGAGGCGCCCGGGGAGUGGGUGGACACGUACAGCGUCACCAGCCGCCUGCCCAAACUGCACGACGUUUCUCCGCCAGGACUAGGCAGAAGAAAGCGAUUCUCUCGACGGUAACAACAAAACACACAAACUCUUCAACCACGGAACUCUAUGUCUAACAAUAUUCGGACAUGCUUAAUGCUGCUGUCGUAUUUUGUAUAUUGUAAUUGUUGUACAGAUGUAACAGAGAAAUGUAGACCUAUGAUAUAUUAGUACUGGAAUAUCACUAGUGUCUUGUGGCAAUACAAGCUUGGUAAGCGUUGACUCUCAUAUAUAACACAAGAUACUAUCAAUACGCCAUUGUCAUCAAGGGACAGUCUGUUGAUAUUACAGACAAGACAGUACCGAGAUUAAUUGAUAUCUUUCGGCAAAAGUUAAUUAACCUAUUCCCUCGUCAGUACAUGCCGAGUUUAAUUAAAAAGAAAAUUUUGAUUAAAGAAGUUUCUGUCCCCAAAGAUCUAAGAAGAUUAAGAAAUUCUCGUUAAAGACAGACCUCAAAGGAAGUAAUCUGAUUACGUUUGAAACCUCAUUAAAAGUCUGUCAUUUUUAUCUUUAUUAGGCGUAAAGGUUAUUAGAAAUAAUAAUAGAUUUGAAAUUAUUGUCAGAUUAGGUUAGAUUGUGAUUAUUAUCCCAGGACGUUUAACUGGUUCUUAGUAUCUUAAUUAUUGAUUUAUAACUGUGGGCAUUGCUUACUUUUUGUUUGUCUUAUACAAUUGUUGUC